AUGGAUGGAAACAAUGCUGAGGCCUAUACGACGAGUGAAGACAGACCAUCUAAGCAUCUCAGUAUCUAUGUAAGUAACAACUUUGAUCAGGCUCUUCGAAUGGCAAUGGCACGUGAUCUGCCGAAGGGCGCUCUAAAGGGGCGUCGAACGAGUUUUGCACUCGAUUCCAGUAGAAGGGCAAUGCUUAGAAAGAUGGUAGCCUAG